AUUCCCACGUCGAUGUAAAGUGAGAUGAUUUGAGGUUUGAGUUGAUUUUCCGUUUCGUCUCCAACACAUCAUGCUGGACAAAUACACAAACGCAUUGAUAUCGUUUGGAUUAGGAUUCAUAUUGAUGUGGCUAAGCGAAGCCACGGAAGCCCACGUGAACUAUACGACGAAGCCCCGAGUGGUUCUUCCGCCUAAUUAUGUCAAGGAAAUACGACCGCCCUCGCAGAAGGGCUCGCCAGUGAUAGUAGACUUUAGCAUAUUUGUUGUAGAUAUUAACUCAAUAAACGUAGAGGACAUGGACUUUAGAGUAGACAUGUUUAUACAUCAGCGGUGGAUGGAGUCUAGACUGGAGAUAUCAGACGACAUAUUUGAGGAAGGCGACGAUUAUGUGACGUUACUUCCAGAGUUUUUCGACAAUCUCUGGCAACCGGAUCCGUAUUUUCUGAAUUCAAAGAUUGCUGAAAUAGCCACUCUGACUCACAAAUUUACAUCGGUGACCCUUUACAAGAAUAAAACGGUUCGCUAUGCAGCACGGAUGCACGCAAUCAUAGCCUGUCAGAUGGACUUCCAACUCUACCCAAUGGAUAUACAAGUGUGUCCCAUAUAUAUCGAGAGCUUUUCAUCCAACAACCAGAAGGUCAAGCUACGCUGGUCAGCGGACGGAAAUGGUGCGACGCUCAAUCCAGAACUUAAACUGUUGCAGUACAAUCUGGGCCCAUUGGAACUGGAGGAGAGCGACGGCUAUAUGCCGGAGAAGGUGGGAAAUUUUUCACGCCUGACCGUCUAUUUUCGCUUCGAGCGCCAAAUCGGUCAUCAUUUGAUUCAGACGUUUGCGCCUUCGUCCCUGGUCGUCAUGUUGUCGUGGUUCAGCUUUUGGCUGGGCCUGGACGCCAUUCCAGGACGCGUAACAUUGCUCGUCACAUGCAUGCUGACGCUCGUCACAAUGUUCACGGGUCUCAGGGCGGAUAUACCACCCGUGGCGUAUGUUAAGGCCCUGGAUUUGUGGAUGGCUGGCUGCAUGGUAUCUGUAUUUGCUGCCCUGGCCGAAUUCGUGGUUGUUAAGGUUCUGGACGUUCAGUACCAAUACCAGGUCAACCGAAUACCAAAGGUAUUACCCAUGCGCAUAAGCAACAUGGAGAAAGGUCAAUGUGCAACUAUGGCGAGCUGGGAGGGUGGAGCCGUGCGGUCACGAAAGGCCACACAAACUCCGACAACACCGGGCCAGACCUCCUUGCAGGGCAACGGCGGACCGCCAAAGCCAGCGCGACGGCAGAGUCUUCUAUCGGUAGCCUGGACGGAUACGGACACCGGUGUUGAGAAAAUUAUGUGGCGAGAAAUCGACAAAGUCUCACGUGCCGUAUUUCCCAUACUGUUCUUUGUUUUUGUGCUACUUUAUUGGCCCAUACUGCUGAUGAAGUCAUCCUAGGACUUGGGGAGUUCCAGAAUGCACACUUCUGGACUCCGUUAAAAAAAUUUAUAUUAAAAAACAAAACCAGACAUCGAACUACACACCCAUUUUACACAAUGCUGAGUUAACUUUUGCAUUUGAGGCACAAAACUUGGUAGGCGCAAUGUUGACUUAAAGGCAUAGUGCGCGUAUAACUUAUAAACCAAGUAAUCAUAUACAUAGCUGAAUGGUUCAUAAUUCAUAUUGAGCAUUAUUUAUGUGCGUCAAUUGCUGCUACUAUAUGUUUGUUCUUUUUCUCAGAUUUUCUUUUUUCUUUGCAGUUAAGUCUGCGUACAUAUUAGAGAGGCUAAUUCAUUACAUUGUCUAAAUCUAAUUUUAAUCAAAUAAUAAUUUUUACAGAUGUUACCUGCAGCUAGUUAAGCUUGAGAGCACUUGCCAGACAUUUUUUAACAAAGUAGUAUUCCAAAAUAUUUACAAAAACUUCACCGAAUUGUAUGUUUAUUGGGGUCCGUAUUUGAUAUUUGCUCAGUAGUAUUAAAAAUUGGGGUUUCCGAUCCUAGUAUUGCACAGGUAUAGAUACAUAUAGAGUGUAUGUAUUGUGUGUAUUUUUGAGAAGCAAUGCGCUAUGAUAAAUAAUAAUGCUACUUUAAAAGAUUCCACAAAAAUAUCAAUGCUUAAAAAUAAUUUCGGGAGGGGAUAUACUAGCUUUAAAUAGUUGUCUUGUAAGCAGGAGGAAGUUUGUACAAACGGGAAACGUAUAUUCUAGGCGUUUCAUCAACAAAUGCAGCACAGUGCUUGUGACAAUACCUUAACCUAUGAACGUCUGCAGCCCCCACUUUAUAUAUUCAUCAAGUUAGUUAAAACAUUAUGGAAGGGGGCUGCUAAUAUAUCAUUCCUUUUUAGUUUUAUUUAUUUAGUUUUUUGGCUAAGCAACUUCACUAGAAAAUAAUUGGUGCUUUAAAGAUAAUAAAAAUUUAAUAUAACUAGAGAGUAUAAACUUGCUAUUGUAAAUAAUA